GUUUAAGUCGCGCUGUGAUCCGUUAGGGCCGCGCCUGGCUUGCAGGCCGCCAGCUCCAAACAGAUGAACAGGGGAGCCCGGGAGCCCGGGGGCCCGGGUUAGACGACGCAGAACCAGAGGGCAGCGCGCCAUCCCCAGGGCACCGUCCCUGCGCCGGCAGCUUGUCCCGGACCCCCCGGCUGGGUGGGGAAGGGCUGCAGGACGGGGCGGGCCGGAGGCUGCUGUCCCCGCCUCCCAAGCCUUGGGCUCGCCGCGUAGCGCAGUCCUCCGCCUUCCUUGCCUUCUCGUCCCCCUCCUUCCUUCUUUCCUUCCUUCCUUCCGCCGGGCGCUAUGGAGCCGGGGCGCGGGGCGGCCGCGGCGCUGCUGGCGCUGCUGUGCGCGGGCUGUGUGCUGCGCUGCGGGCGCGCCCAGUACGAGCGCUACAGCUUCCGCAGCUUCCCGCGGGACGAGUUGAUGCCUCUCGAGUCGGCCUACCGGCACGCGCUGGACCAGUACAGCGGCGAGCACUGGGCGGAGAGCGUGGGCUACCUGGAGAUCAGCCUGCGGCUGCACCGCCUGCUACGCGACAGCGAGGCCUUCUGCCACCGCAACUGCAGCGCGGUGCCCCAGCCCGAGGCCGCCGCCGGCCUCGCCCACUACCCCGAGCUGCGCCUCUUCGGGGGCCUGCUGCGCCGCGCGCACUGCCUCAAGCGCUGCAAGCAGGGCCUGCCAGCCUUCCGCCAGUCGCAGCCCAGCCGCGAAGUCCUGGCCGACUUCCAACGCCGGGAGCCCUACAAGUUCCUGCAGUUCGCCUACUUCAAGGCGAAUAAUCUUCCAAAAGCCAUUGCUGCCGCUCACACCUUUCUACUGAAGCAUCCUGAUGAUGAAAUGAUGAAGAGAAACAUGGCGUAUUACAAGAGCUUGCCUGAUGCCGAGGACUACAUUAAAGACUUGGAAACCAAGUCAUUCGAGAGCCUGUUCAUCCGGGCGGUGCGGGCCUACAACGGCGAGAACUGGAGGACGUCCGUCACGGACAUGGAGCUGGCCCUUCCCGAUUUCUUCAAAGCCUUUUACGAGUGCCUCGCAGCCUGCGAGGGCUCCAGGGAGAUCAAGGACUUCAAGGAUUUCUAUCUUUCCAUCGCAGAUCAUUACGUAGAGGUGUUGGAAUGCAAACUACAAUGUGAAAAGAACCUCACCCCCGUUAUAGGAGGCUAUCCGGUGGAGAAAUUUGUGGCCACCAUGUAUCAUUAUUUGCAGUUUGCUUAUUACAAAUUGAACGACCUGAAGAACGCAGCCCCGUGCGCAGUCAGCUACCUGCUCUUUGACCACGACGACAAGGUCAUGCAGCAGAACCUGGUGUAUUACCAGUACCACAGGGACAAGUGGGGCCUCUUGGACGAGCAUUUCCAGCCCAGACCAGAAGCAGUUCAGUUCUUUAACGUGACUACACUCCAGAAAGAGCUGUAUGACUUUGCGAAGGAAAAUAUAAUGGAUGAUGAUGAGGGAGAGGUUCUGGAAUAUGUGGAUGACCUCUUGGAGCUGGAGGAGACUGGCUAGUCCGCAGCAGAGAGAUGCCCCUCGAUGUUCAGGAGACAAAGAUUCUUCAUCUUCCUUUCCCCAGUAGCCCACGUUGUUGAUACCUCAAAGCCUUCUCUUUACUCUGUGAAGUGAAAGGGAAGCCUCAGCUCUCACUACAUACAAUAAGGGGUGAGCCUGCCUUCCCCGUGACCACACCUGCCUCCCCAGGGUGGGCCCAGGCUCACACCUGUCUCCCUCCCCAUCUUCACACCUGCCUUCUCCAUGUUCACGCCUGCCUUUCUCACCAUUUUGGUUGGAAGGACAGUCUUCCAUUUUUUUCCCCCCAGAGAAUCACUAUUAUUUUUUAAAUAAGAAAAAUACGCCUAAAAUUA